AAGCAGCAGUAAAACAGAGUGAUGACGGACAGAUCUGAUGCUAGCGGUGCUGCUGCUGCCGGUAGAUUGCAGUGCAGAUAUGGCCUCCUCGCGGACAGAUUUGUGAUGUAGGAGCCUGCGUGAUGGACGCGGAAUAGCGACAGACCGGCUGCAAAUUAACGACAAAAAACAGCGCAAAAAUGACGAACCUCCUGCACGCGGCGUCCAGAGUGCGGUGGGAUAAGCGCACGGCGGCGCGGCGGGCCGUGCUGGUGGUCGCUGCGGCGUACGGAGCUAAGAGCCUGUACCCGCUCAUCCUCAAGCACGUCGGGCGGAGAACCGGCAAGCCAGAGGCCAACGGGGUGGGGGGCUCGCACCGCCUGCAGCCCGCAGCGCCCGGCGUGAACGCGGAGUUCAUGCGGCAGAUCCUCGCGCUGGUGAAGAUCGUGUUCCCCAAGCUGCUGACCCGCGAGCUCGCGCUGCUCUGCCUGCACUCGUCGGCGCUGGUCUCGCGCACCUUCCUGUCCAUCUACGUGGCCGGCCUGGACGGGCAGAUCGUGAAGACAAUCGUGGAGAAGGAGCCGCGCAGCUUCGCCGCCAAGCUGAUCAAAUGGCUGCUGGUGGCCAUCCCCGCCACCUUCGUCAACAGCGCGAUCCGCUACCUGGAGGGCAAGCUGGCCCUGGCCUUCCGCACGCGCCUCGUCGAGCACGCGUACCGGACCUACUUCACCGAGCAGACCUACUACAAAGUCAGCAACAUGGACGGCCGGCUGGCCAACCCGGACCAGUCCCUCACCGAGGACGUGAUGAUGUUCUCCCAGUCCGUGGCCCACCUGUACUCCAACCUCACCAAGCCCAUCCUGGACGUCAUCCUCACCUCCUACACCCUUAUCCAGACCGCGCGCUCCCGGGGGGCCAACGCCACGGGCCCCACGCUGCUGGCCGGGCUCGUGGUCUUCGUCACGGCCAAGGUGCUGCGCGCGUGCUCCCCCAGGUUUGGGAAGCUCGUGGCUGAGGAGGCGCACAGAAAGGGCUACCUGCGGUACGUGCACUCCAGGAUCAUCACCAACGCAGAGGAGAUAGCCUUCUACAGGGGCCACAAGGUGGAGAUGAGGCAGCUGCAGAAAUGCUACAAGGCCCUGGCUGAGCAGAUGAACCUCAUCCUGUCCAAAAGGCUGUGGUACAUCAUGGUUGAACAGUUCCUCAUGAAGUAUGUGUGGAGUGGUUGUGGCCUUGUCAUGGUCGCUGUGCCCAUCAUCACUGCUACAGGCUUUGCUGACAAUGAACUCGCUGAUGGUCAGACUCAAGUGUUAGUGAGCGAGAGGACAGAGGCCUUUACCACUGCCCGCAACCUCCUGGCCUCCGGAGCCGACGCCAUCGAGAGAAUCAUGUCUUCAUAUAAAGAGGUCACAGAACUGGCCGGAUACACGGCCCGAGUCCACAACAUGUUCCUGGUGUUUGAUGAGGUGCAGAGGGGCGUGUACAAGCGUGCAUCCGUAUCCACGACAGCAGCGGACGGGGAGAAGAAGAGCGGGGGGCGACACGAGCUGCACAUUGACGGGCCUCUGGAGAUCAAAGGGAAAGUCAUUGAUGUGGAUAAGGGUAUAGUCUGUGAGAAUGUGCCCAUCAUCACUCCAAAUGGGGAUGUGGUUGUGUCCAGCCUGAACUUUAAGGUAGAGGAGGGCAUGCACCUUCUCAUCACAGGACCGAACGGCUGUGGGAAAAGCUCUUUGUUCCGUAUCCUCAGCGGCCUAUGGCCUGUCUACGGUGGCCUGCUCUACAAACCCGCCCCACAGCACAUGUUCUACAUCCCACAAAGGCCUUACAUGUCUGUGGGGACGCUGCGGGACCAGGUGAUCUAUCCCGACUCAUUAGAGGACAUGCAUGAGAAAGGCUUCAGAGACAAGGAUCUGGAAAGCAUCUUGGACAUCGUCAACCUGAACCACAUCGUGUCCCGAGAAGGAGGCUGGGAGGCAGAGGUGGACUGGAAGGACGUUCUAUCUGGAGGAGAGAAGCAGCGGAUGGGAAUGGCUCGCAUGUUCUACCAGAGGCCGAAGUACGCCCUGCUGGAUGAGUGCACGAGUGCCGUCAGUAUUGAUGUGGAGGGAAAAAUCUUCCAGGCUGCGAAAGAUGCUGGAAUCUCUCUGCUGUCUAUUACCCAUAGACCCUCUCUGUGGAAGUACCACACUCACCUCCUGCAGUUUGAUGGAGAGGGGGGAUGGCGGUUUGAGCAGCUGGACACGGCCACUCGUCUCUCUCUGACCGAGGAGAAACAGCGCCUGGAGUCUCAGCUGGCUGGAAUUCCCAAGAUGCAGCUGCGUCUGAACGAGCUGUGCAAGAUCCUGGGAGAGGAUUCUGUUCUAAAAACAGAGGAACCCGAGGAGGAGGAGUGAGCGACUGAGCCGCAGUGUUACCCUCAGAACCCAGUACGCACAUCCUCCUGUGCUACUGCAGUGUUAAACAUACGUUUUAAACUCACGUCACUUUAAUAUUGUUUUUUCUUUUAUCUGUUUUAUCUGGUCAUCAUAGUUCCAUUUUUGUAAUCCUGAGUAUUUUGGUACUUUAACAAACCACUGCUUCAGAACAUUUUAGUGACGUUUAUGGUUUUACUGCUGUAUGUCUUAUUUGGUGACAGUAACAGCUGUUAUUGUUACUUUUUAGAUAUAUUUCUAGUUAGAAAAUAUUGAUUUCUUACUGGACACUACAGAUUUUAGGUGAUAUUAACUAUGAUAUUUUUACAGAAAUACUUAAAACCUAACCACUAAACCAAUCCUUAAAUCUGAUAGUUUAAUUUGUGUUUAAUAUAAUAUACUGUCUCUUUUUCCCCUAAUUUGUGAAAUUGGGCCUCAUUCACCAACAUUUUCUUAAAAUGUGCUUUUAACCCUUUAACAGUCACACAAAGACAUAUGUUUAAAGAAAAUGGUACAAAUUAUGUUUCUGAACCUUUGUUCCACCUAGUAACCAGCUGGAUGACUUGCCCAGUUACAGAAAAUGAAUACAGGAGUACAAUAAAAUUAGAAUACACUGUCUGGCCAAAAACAAAAGUCACCACCUGGAUUUAAGUAAAUGAUGUGGGGUUAAAGCUGCAGUUGGUCUGCAGGUCUAGGUUCAGCAACAGUAUGUACUGAAAGAAUGAGGUCAGCUGACUCCCUGAAUAUACUGAAUAUAGACCAGGUUAUUCCAUCAAUAGAUUUUUUCUUCCCUGAUGGAACAGGCAUAUUCCAAGAUGAUAAUGGCAGGAUUCAUUGGGCUGGAAUUGUGAAAGAGUGGUUCAGGAAGCACCACGGAGUCCAGACCUUAACCUCAUUGAGAAUCUUUGGGAUGUUCUGGAGAAGGCUUUCUGCAGUGGUCAGACUCUACCAUCAUCAAUGCAGCAAGAUCUUGGGGAAAAAAUUAAUGCAACACUGGAUUGAAAUAAAUCUUGUGACAUUGCAGAAGCUUAUUGAAACAAUGCCAUAGUGAAGGCGGUCCAACUAAAUAUUAGAGUGUGUGACCUGAACUUUUUUUUGUCCAGGCAGUGUUUAAUCAACAUUAAUGGAAUGGAACAGUAAUGGAAAUAUGUCCAGUUCAUUUAGUUCAUAUCUUAUUAUGUAAAGAAUUUAAUUAAAAAUAUCUAAAUUUAAAGCACAUACAAUUUAAUUCAGGCCAGCAAAGAAAUUGUCAAUCUGAACUUUUAGGGGUUUAUGCACCGUCAUAUUUUUCCCAAUCUGCAGUAAAUAUAAGUGGGUGUAGAGCGUGAAAAUGGCCAUGCAGUUCUAAGAAAAUGUCAGAAGAGCUGUAUCAUGGCAGCAAGCUUUUUUAUACUGUUUUUUUUUUCUUUCAGCCUUUAUAAAAUAAUAACCUUUUCUCUAAAUUAACAAUGUUGUGUAUGUACAGUAUUUGCAGCUACAUACUUUAUUUAAUAAGGGGAACAAGGUCAAACAGCCAAAGAUGGGAUUUGCCCUUUUGUUAUUAAAGAAAAUUGAAUGUCAAAUAAGCAGAGGUGAAAAGGUACUGAAAAAUUGUAAUUAAGUAAAAGUACCUUUACUUUGCUAAAAUUCUACUCAAGUAAAAGUACCCAUCUAAAAAUCUACUCGAGUAAAAGUAAAAAAGUACUCAAUUUUAAAAUGUACUUUGAGUAAAAGUUACAUGGUUACUUUUAUUUAUUUUAUGUAAAGAAAGUACAAAUCAUAAAUCAAAUAUUUUUAAUGAAUUAUUAUUCUACAUAAUAAUUUGGACCUUUCACGCAGUAUUUGUUCAAACCACCCCAUAAAACAUUUUCAAAAACAAGUGGCAUAGGUUUCUAUAAUCCAUUUUUUUUUCUUUACCGUAAUUAACAUUGCUAGGAAAAGUUCAGCUGCGCUGCCAUGGAGAACAAAACUCUUUUUUUUUUUUUCUAAUUCAGACAAUUAGUUUUUUUUUCCAGCAUUUCAUUUGUUACUUAAUAAUGAGGAGUUUUCCAAUGUAGUGAAGUAAAUUACUUGGGUCAAAAUGAACUUGAGUAAAAGUAAAAUUACCUAUUUUAAAAAUUACACUAAAAAUUAUAAAUUACUAAUAAACUUUUCACCUCUGCAAAUAAGGUAUACUGUGUGGAUACAAUGCCUAUUAAAGGGUUAAAUUGCAGAACUUUUCUGCUUUUAUAAUGACUGAUCCUGUUGUCAGUGUAAAUUGGACAAAUUGAUUAGUGAUCAAAUUAAGAAAACAUUAAUGAAUGUCAGAAUCUUUGUGAACACUGCAUAAGUGGUUUUAAGUACAUGAUUGGUGAAUGAGGCCCAUUGUUAGUAAUAUUCUUUUGGUACUGAGAAAUAAUACAGGUAAUUUUAGAUUGUUUUCAGAUUGAUUUGUGUAGCAGCUUGGUUCUACAUUUUCAAAAGCGCUGUACACUCUAAAAAAUGAAUGUGCUGCAGAGCUAUGCCAUAGAAAAGGCGUUUUUUGGGUCUGUUAAGUGUUUAAAAGGGUCUAUUGAAAGGUUCUUAUUUCUCUUUUCAUUUAUAUUUUCUACAAACAAAGUUCUUUUUGAACCAAAAAUAGUUCAUUUAGAACCCUUUGUAGCACAUUUUUAUUUUUUUAGUGUAGAGUGUAGAGGUAAGAUCAAAACUGAUACUUGAUCUUCCAGCCUGAUGCUUGUAUCGUUUCACCUUCUCUCUGCCUCAUGGGCAUCCCUGGCACAAACUCUCUGAACAAAAUUAAUAUUUUAAUAUUUUAAGAAAAAUGCUGUGAAAUAUGCUCAGGGUUGUCUGUUUACUAGGUACACCAUACACCUACUUUGUACCUACACUUUUUGGCAGUUUUAGUAGAAACAUGUAUCAUAUCAGCUUCACUUUGCAGAUAUACAAUUACAGAGUGUAAGUCAUUCUUUAUUGCAAAUGAAUGGAGCCACUUCUGAACCACCACUGACCACAUAUACUGAUGGACCAUUUUCAGUAAGCACUGGCACUGCCAUGAUGUGUAUCUGGUGCUAGUAGAACAGUAUACCAGCCAAUACAGCCAGACAGCAUCUGGCAGUGCUCCGAGUAGCUCAGGAGACUAAGGCAGUAAUGUAGAUUCUGAUCCUGGCCGUACCAGAGCUGAGUUCUGUUGUUAUCCUCCUAGUUCAUUGGUUGCCACCCAUUGGUGGCAGAUCAAAAAGAAGGUGGUGUGCUAGUAGUAGGGAGGGUUAAUUGGCCUUCUCUAAGGACAUUUUCACAGUUGUCCCAUAUAGAUGAGUCCACUCUGCAUUUCUUACUCCACAAAGUUCAGUUUAAUACAGUAUCCUCACUCCAAUCCUAUCAUAGAGUGGUUUUAUUAGGAUUUACUGAUGGAAAAGGAAGUUCUGUGAUAAAUGGAAGCAUCACAUUACAAACUGAACCAAUUACACGACCCUACAUGCCACACAAGGAGAGGAUAGCUUUUACACCUGCACUGAAACCACCAUAGUUCAGUAGAUAUGAAGCCCAGACCACUGAUUGUAGGACUCCAGGACCGAUUUUGAUACUUUGGACCUCUCCCAAGCUCCAAAACAGCUUUAACAUUGGACAAAACAUACCCAGUUCUGGAAAAAAAGGCUAGUGUGAACAAAACACCCUGAAAGACCCCAUGUUUGGGCUAUACAAUAAAAAAAAACAGUAAUAUUUUACAAAAUUACAAAUAGAAAAGCAUCAGAUUUAGGCACAACACCGCUUCAUUUACUUGUUCUGUUGUUUAAUGUGUGACAGUAGCCUGUCUCAACUUGAAAGUAUGUCUGAAAGUCCAAGUCAUAUUAAAAAGUAUUUUUUCACUGUAACAAAAAUCUCUCCAUGUUUCAAUAAUUUUUUUUUGCAAUAAUGGUUAACAAUAAUGGAUCCAAAAAUGGUCCCUUCUAUGGUAUCGAUCAAAGACCCAUUUUUUAAACCUUUUAGAAACCUGUAUGUGUUUCAGAUGAAAUGGCCAACAAGUGUAGGUACAUGCUAGAUGUUGCUGUAAUAAACUGGUAACUCUGUGUAUAAUAGUUGAAUGCAAAAAGCACUUUGACUGUAAUAAUGCUGUCCUGUAUGGUUCUGUUUCUGUGGACCAAUGACUAUUGAUUUGUAUUGAUUGUUCUUUUUUUCUUCUACUUUGAAUUGUGAAAGCCACAUUUAUUUAUUAUUACUUCAUGUGAUCAGAAAAAAUGCUAAACAUGUGUGAACAAAUCAGAUCAGGUAUACCUCCCAGAAACUUCUGAGCAAAUUCAUUUUAUUAUGGGAUUUCUAAACCAAGGCACUGUGUGCAGUGUGUCUGCACAAUUGACUACCUUUACGCUGUGUUCCAUUUACCUUGAAAGUUGGAUGUCAGAGCUGGGAAUGAAGUCACAUCGAGUUAAUGGCAUUCCAGUUAAAUAUUUAAAUAAUUUGAUACUAUUUUAAAACAGUUAGCUAAGGAGUUUUUAACAAGUUUUAACAAGGCUUAAACCACAACUGAUUUGACAACCAUUUACCUGUGCUUUUAUUAAAUAUCUAACCAAAAUAUGUCCCAGUUUUUAAGUCCCAGGUUAGCAUUUUUAGCAUUUCCCCAUGUUAGCAUUGUUAGCAUUGCCUCAUGUUAGCACUGCUAUUACUGUCCCAGAUUAACAUUAGUAUUGCUUUAGGUUAGCAUUCCUAGCAAUAUCAGCUUAUAACAAUGCUUUAUACAGUAUUUUGCUCAUCCAAGCACAAUGGAAACAUGCCCACAGGUAGAACUUGUACAGGACUGUGCAUAUGACAAAUUUAAUGAGAUACAGAUAGAAGAGCUAAUAAACUCUUUAUAACCAGAGACAUUAAUGGCCACUAACUGAUGUAUAAAUGGGAUUUCUUAUAACGCUAACCAUAGCGCCUAUUCAAGGCUAAAGUCCUGCCCUUCAGCAAAAACAGUAAAUCUGCUUGCUGGUUGUGCCAAAAGCAGAGGAGAGUCAAGGUGCUGGUGGGGAAGCCCCCGUUUGCUGUUGAGCCAAACACUAUAAAGUUUUCAUGUUGUUUUUAUGAGAUUGUAUCACUGAUUUAAAAUACGUUUCUGAAAUAAUAAUCCGAGGUUUAGUUUCCAGUAUUUUGGUCACUCACCAUUCAAACAGAUGAAAGUCGGUCUUGUUUGCCUGGAAAUAAGUUCCGGGUUGUGUUGCAAAGAUGGCCAAAUAGUAAACUGGUCUGCCUAAAAGGACUUGCGGGACUGCCAUCUUGAAUUCUGUUAUUGGGACACUUCCAAUUAUUAUUAUUUUUUUAACAAAUUAAACUUUUGGGGGGAGUUCCAGUUAAAAUCUUUAUCUUAUGAAAUUACGACAGUCAAGGAAAAAUGGAACGUAGCAUUAGCUGCAAAGACAAUAAGAUCAUGGUGGAUCGCCAUGAUCUUAUUCUCCUGUGGUAUAUUUCUGGUGUAUGAAGCAAAUGUUGGAUGCCAGAAACUUUAACAUUAGUUGGAAUUUGCUAGCUUUAAGAUCUUUGCUUUUUUUGUUAGUUUAAAUAAAAAUAUGCCUUUUUAAAGUUUCCAGAUGGUCAGAUCAGGAAUUAACAAGCAGUGCCCAUUUUAUUCUCCUCUAUACUGUAUGUAGUACUAUAGCUCCUUAAAACAUCAUUUAAAACAGCAUGAAUAGUUCAGACAUGUAUCGCCAGCAGUGUAAAUAGGAUGAUUUUGUAUGUCUGAACUCACUGUAAGACGGCCUAUAUUUUAACAGGAGGUCCGUAAUCUUAUUUUGUCUACCCUCGAGAUUCAGGGACAUGCUGCUGAUGUAAUGAAUUUCCGGUAAAAGUGUGACUUUAUGAAAUGACCACCAACCAGUGCCCUUUUUGGGGGCAUAUAAUGAUUAAUGAGGCAGUGUGGAGAACUGAUGUUUUUUUUUUAUUAUUAUCAUUUGACCUUUCAGCUAGGUGAGUCUGACUGAGCCAAACCAAGAGAAAUGUAGUGUAUUGGCAGGCUGCCUCUGCUACUGAAUGAUUAAAUGGACAAUGUCUCUUUUGCAUGUCAUAAGGAUGUACUGUUUGUAUACAACAGUAUCUAUACAAGUAAGGGUUGAAAUCUGCCUGUGAGUAUGUGAACCCUGAGCAGAAAUGCUCAGCUGUCCAGUUAAUAAAAUAAUAACGAUCA